AAGAAGAUAAACUCUCAAGACUAAACAAUAAAAACCUUACCCUAUUUUCCUCUUUCUGGUGCCUCCUGCCUGCUUUCUAAAAUUAAGAGAAGUUCCUUGAUUUGGUUAGGUCUCCAUUUUUUAGAUUUUCAAACGAACCAAUUGCUAGCUUUACAUAAGCAGAUCAUGCUCUAAAGCCCCCACUGCUACAAUAAUAUCAUAAGAACAGCAUUAGAUCGAUCAGCUUUUGACAAGGUUGAAAGGUGGAUCGGAGGCAUGGAAAGCGGCCACUUCCUUCGGAAGCAUCGGAGGAGAAAGAGAAAGAGCAUCAUGACUUCCCAGAUUAUGCAUCUUCUUGGUCAGAAACCGACAUGUCCGCCAUGGUUACUGCUCUCUCUCAGGUUAUAGGAAAAAUUGAUGAUAAGCCAACGCCGGUGCAGUCAACCCCAUUAACCAUCCCAGGGAGUACUGCGGUGAAAGAAGAACCUGACUCAUCUCAACCGGUGCAAGAUCAAGAGAACGCAAGGAAACGACACUACAGAGGAGUAAGACAAAGACCAUGGGGAAAAUGGGCAGCCGAAAUACGUGACCCAAGAAAAGCAGCUCGAGUCUGGCUCGGCACAUUUGACACAGCUGAGGAUGCAGCCAUGGCAUACGAUAGAGCAGCUCUAAAGUUUAAAGGGACCAAGGCCAAGCUUAAUUUUCCUGAACGAGUUCAAGGAACGACCGGGUUCGGCUAUCUCAUGGAUGGCGGUGGAAAUACAAGCGUCCCCCAGCCUGUACAAACUCCCAGGCCAGAUUUUCCUCCUCCGCCAUUGCCACAGGAAGCUUUCCCUGGCCUAUACCAGUAUGCACAACUUCUUUCCAGUUCUGAUGUCGAAUUCCCUUAUUACACUUCGAGUCUUUUUAAUCAAGAUCAAUCUUUUCCUUCACAAUUUUCAUCAAGUACUUCAUCCCCACCACAUCAACGCCACCAACAACAGGAAGAGAGUGGCAAGGACAUUGAUUCUAGUAACCCAAGCGAGUAGUAUCGAGCUACAAUAUGAUUUUAGUUUAUUAUCUAUCCUUUCUGAGUGAUGUUAUCAUUAUUGCCAAGUCUUCGAUCUCUUCGAUUCUUUCAAUAGAAGACAUCUAUAUAUCCCCACGGAAUCAACCAGGAUGUCAACAACAAGGUUAUCAAGAGCUUCCAUGAGUAUUGUUUUGGCGUUUUGGAAGCUCCUCUUGUCUGACUUUUUGUAUGGGAAGGACAUGGAUAUCGGUAACCCCAAUUGGACCAUCUUCCACAUGUAUAAUGAGAGUAGUAGAUUUCGGGAUACGUACCUAAACUGGUUAACUGUAAUAGAUUUGGCUUCAGUUAUUGUCUAUUUUGGAAUAUUGAUGUUUAUUUCGCUCAUUUGAAUUUAUAUGAUGUCGUGAACAUCUUAGAUCAAGGUUGAAGGAGUGCAUUUUACCUUCUUAACUUUGAUAUGAAUAUGAGUUUAAAGAGUUCUAUUUUUAUAUA